CUCUUUUUUUCUCUUUUUAAGAGAUUUUGUGUCAACCACCUCCACAAAUAGAACAUGGAACAUUCAGCAAUAGUCACAAGGAUACAUUUGAAUAUAAUGAAAUGGUAACUUACCGUUGUAAUCCUUCGAUUGGGCCAGAUCAAUAUUCACUUGUUGGAGAGAGCAGACUGAUUUGUUCUGGGCCAAACCAAUGGAGUAGUGACCCUCCUGAGUGUAAAGUGGUCAGAUGUCCAUAUCCAUCACUCCCUAAUGGAACUAUUUUGUCAGGAUUUGGGAAAAAAUAUUACUACAAAGCAGAAGUUGAGUUUGAAUGCAACCAGGGUUAUUCCCUUCAAGGCAGCCGCAAAAUUGUCUGUGAAGCUGAUAAUACCUGGGUACCCAAGAUUCCUCGCUGUGUUCCAGUGUUGACUUCCCCUCCUCCCAGUACCACACCUCCGAUUUUGAGCCCUUCAGGUUUAGUAACAUCCUACUUACACUUUCAGAACCUUUUAAAUUCCUGGUGAUUUUUAGAAAUAAUU